AUGAUUUCCACAUUUCUCAUGAUGAAGCAUAUGAAGGCAUUUCCCUGGAUGCUAUCAGAUGAGCAUUACGAGAUGUUAUUACAAUCAAUCAAAGAGAUCAUUGACAAGGAGAUUAAUCCCUUUGUGGACAAGUGGGAAGAAGAAGGACAGUUCCCAGCACACAAAGUGUUUAAAACCCUGGGACAGGCUGGAUUCCUUGGUGUGGAUAAGCCAACAGAAUAUGGCGGCAUGGGCUUGGACUUCUCCUAUAGCAUUGCAGUGGCAGAAGAGCUGGGAAAUAUCCGCUGUGGAGGUGUUCCUAUGGCUAUUGGAGUGCAAGCUGGCAUGGCUACUCCUGCUCUUACAAGGUUUGGUUCUGAUGAGUUGAAAAAACAGUUUCUUGCACCAACUAUAGCUGGAGAUUUUGUGGCUUGCUUGGGAGUCAGUGAAGCUGGAGCUGGGUCAGAUGUCGCAAGUAUCAAGACAACAGCUGUGAGAAAAGGCGAUGAGUAUGUCAUAAAUGGUGGUAAGAUGUGGACUACGUCCGGGUGCCAAGCAGACUGGAUGUGCCUGCUGGCAAACACCAGUGAAGGACCUCCCCAUCGAAAUAAGUCUCUCAUAUGUCUGCCAAUGAAUCUACCUGGCAUUCAUGUUGCUAAAAAGAUAGACAAACUGGGCAUGAGGUCAUCGGACACAGCUCAGAUCUUUUUUGAAGACGUAAAGGUCCCCAGGAAAAACCUCAUCGGUGAGGAAGGAAAGGGUUUUACAUACCAGAUGUUGCAAUUCCAAGAAGAGCGGCUGUGGGGAGUAGCCACUGUACUGACGCCGCUGGAAACUAUAAUAGAAGAAACUAUUGACUACGCUCGCCAGCGGACAGUGUUUGACCGUCCCGUCCUGCACAACCAAGCCGUGCACUUCCGCCUGGCCGAGCUGGCAACCGAAGUGGAGCUCCUUCGCUCGCUGCUGUACCGCACCGUUGCUCUCUAUGUGGAAGGCAACGAUGUGACGAAAUUUGCUUCCAUGGCUAAGCUAAAGGCAGGUCGUCUGGCCCGUGAAGUGACUGAUAGCUGUCUCCAGUUUUGGGGAGGAAUGGGAUUCACCAGCGAGGUUUUGGUGAGCAGGCUUUACAGAGACUUGAGAUUAAUGUCCAUAGGAGGUGGUACAGAUGAAACCAUGCUUUCCAUCAUAUGCAAAUACAUGGAAACACUUCCAAGCAAGUGAUGCAUCUCCACUUUUCCUUGGAAAGUAAGAAAGCAAGAGCAUGGCUUGUACUGCACACUGCAGG